AUGGUAGUGACCCGCAAAGGACAAUCAACAACAACUCAACCGAUUCCUAAUCUCGAUAGCAACCCCGUCAUGACCAACCAAGAACGCUACCCGUAUGGAAUGCCUCAAACCAAACCAGAACCUGUGAUACAAGAGGUCCGGCCGAACACUAACCGAGACCAACCUGACCUCCAAGAUGACUUGCAUGCUUUACGAGAGGAAAUGGCUGCUAUCCGAAGGCAGAGAGAGGCCGACGCCAGGGAGUUGGCUGAACUGCGACGACAAAAUGCCGAGCUCCGAGGUCUUAACCAAACAAAUGUGUCGUCAACCCCUACUCUCCAAGAGGAGUCGGCAUAUCACGCCCCGACCGACCAUGUGACCCGAACUCCCGUCAGCUCAUUGAUAGCCAACAAGGCCGAUACCACCACUCACUCCCUAAGGCAUCCCUUUUCCCGAAGAAUAAUGGAGGCAACCCUGUUAGACCAUUGGAAAAGCAUGCCGAUCGAGAAGUACGACGGGUCCUCCGACCCCGAGGAACAUUUAAACGUUUUCCUGACCCAGGCAACCCUCUCCACUCAGGACGACUCGGAUUUAUGCCGAAUAUUCCCCACAUCGCUGAAAGGAAGAGCUUUGAGUUGGUUUACGAGACUGCCGAGUGCCUCCAUUGACUCGUUUGGUGAGUUGUCGUCCCAGUUCACCUUGCAGUUCGCAACGAGUAAGCCGUACAAGACGACCUCAUUAGCCUUGGCCGGGGUCCGUCAGGAAAAGAAAGAAAGCCUGAGAAACUUCAUGGACCGAUUCAACAAGAUUGCAAUGGAGAUUGGUGAUCUUAAUCCUGCCGUGGCAUUGGAUCGGCUGAGCACGGCCCUCAGGCCGGGACCAUUCGUGAACAGUUUGUGCAAAAAACCACCCGUUGAUAUGAAUGACCUCCGACGAAGAGCCGAGAAGUAUAUGCAAAUGGAGGAACUGGCGGAGACCCGAAACCAGGCCAGGGCCGAAGAGGGUUACGGCCGAAAAGAGCCAGGCCGAGAGCCCCUGAAAAAGGCGAAUGCCGAGUCCUCGAGCACUCGACCGCCGAGAGGACCACGUUACACCGCCUACACCCCCCUGAAUACGAGCAGGGUCAAGGUGAUGGAGCAGGCCCUCGCUUCCGAAAUCCUUGUGAUGCCGAAAAGGGAGAACACUCCCCCGAGAGCCGAUAAGGCGAAAACGUGCCAUUUCCACCGAAACAGAGGACACUCGACCGAAGAAUGCUCGGCAUUAAAAGACAAACUUGAGGACCUCAUCAAACAGGGCCACCUGUCAAGCUUCAUCACGGCCCAGAACCACCAGUCGAGGGGGAGUAACCGCCACCACUCACAUGAAGCACCCCCACCGAGAGACCGACGCCGUCGAUCCCGGUCAAACGAAGGGAGAGACCAGUCAAGGCAUUCUCGAGAAGACGAUGACCGACCAAGGAAGAUAAUAAAUAUGAUAGCCGGGGGCUUCGCCGGAGGAGGUUCCACCUCUUCGGCGAGGAAAAAACACCUACGGGCAAUGCGGUCGGUAAAUAGUGUGAACCAGCCAAGGAUGCCUAGGAUGCCACCCAUAACCUUUUCCAACCGAGAUUUUCGGGGGGUUGAUCCUGUUCAGGACGACCCCAUGGUGAUUUCCAUCGAAGUACACAACUGCAUUGUAAAGAAAACUUUGGUUGAUCAGGGGAGCUCGGCCGACAUAUUGUACUGGAAUACAUUUGUACAGCUCGGAAUUCUCGAGGAGAGCCUAGAGCCGUACCAUGAGCCACUGGUAGGCUUCUCAGGCGAAAGGGUGAUGACGAGAGGGUGCAUCGACCUGUACACCCGAUUCGGGUUCGAUCAAAAGCCUUCCCGAGAGAUCAAGAUCCGCUACAUCGUGGUGCACGCAAACACAUCGUAUAACAUCCUACUAGGUCGACCCUCCAUUAACGCCCUCGGGGCGAUUCUCUCGACCCCCCACUUGUGCAUGAAGUUUUCGUCGAGAGAUGGACAAGUGAUAACCGUACAUGUUGAUCAAAAAAUGACACGAGAAUGCUAUCUCUCCAGUCUUAAGGUACAGCCAAUGACCGACUCCCCGAGGACGAAAGGGGUGAAAGUAGUAGGGCAGCAGACGACGGAAGACAUCGAACUCGAUCCUCGGUUAGGCGAAGACGAACGAAUCGAGCCCACCGAGGACCUCAGGCCUUUUCAGCUAGGCAAAACACCCGAACAAAUCACAAAUAUGGGAUCUCAGUUGAGCGAAGCCGACUCAAGACGAAUCAAGGGCGUUGUGAGGGAUAACCGAGACCUAUUCGCAUGGAGGGCAUCAGAUAUGCCGGGGAUAGACCCCAAGUUCUUAUGCCACCGGUUAGCCGUAUGCCGAGACGCGCGACCCGUCGUGUAA